CGCAUUACAAAAGUCAAAAAAAUGCGCGAGCGUGUUUGCGUAUCUCAUUGCGUACUCCAGCGUACCGUAGUUUGUCGACCACGAACGUUCGUUCGCGAACGAAUUCGAACUCAAUUCAAACUUGUCUCUCUUUUUAUAACAAUGCCGAAAUCAUUGCGAAAACGGUUUGUACUUGUGAGUAUCGAUGAUAACAUCGAACAAAUUAAUGCUGCACGAAAGCUUCGUCGCUAUUUGACGAACAAUCACUUGAAUCACAUUUUCUCGUCAACUCCGGAAGAAAUGAAAGAAUAUUUGGAUAAAUUGGACAGUGGAACUUUUAAUUUUCGAGAAACAGCCGAGGAACAGAAAUCGGUUGAUCCGUUUUCGGAAGCAAACCAACCCGCCAUUCAGAUGUCUUCAAACCAAGAAAUAUUAGAGAAAUGGGCGCGCGGAACUUUCGCCGAAAACUCGGAUGCGUUGAAACUUUUGCUCGAGCCAACUAACAUCGAGGAAGAUGCAGUUUUGGAUGAUCACGAAUCAGAGAACAUUGUAAACAAUAUUCCGCAAUUGUUUAUGGUAAACUCAAUGGAUGCUGAAACACCAAAUGACUCGAUAAUCGUUGAAAACGGAAAGGAAGAUCAACUUGAUAUGGCAUAUUGUUCGCUGUGCAAGCAUGAAGUGGAAACCGGUAGAAACCGAAAUACAAAAAUUAGGAAACAGACUGAACAUGUUCUAGACGCCCACCCAGAAUCGGAAUUUCUCAAUGUAGACAUAGCAAAACGCUAUGAGUGUGUCCACUGUUUGAGAACUCUUCCUGUGUCGAAAUCACCAUGUGAACAUAUUUCUGAACACCACGAUAAAACCCACGUGGAAAUUGAAUUUCGUGACUUAUGGUCCAAUGAGCAAGUGUCAACUUUCAAUUCAGUUAUGGAAAAAUGCUUCUUGCGUCAUCUUCCAGUUCCCAGAAGCCGUAGAAUUCGAAACGGAAACACCUGGUAUCUCUCCGAAAAGGCCUCGUACAGAAUUGUUCGAGGAGGUGAAAUUAUCCAUAUCAGCACUGUGGCUGAUAAAAGCAAAACAGAUAAUGGAAAAGAAAGCAAGCAAAGUCGUCUGGAUAAUUCUGAACGCGGAAAACCUACACGCUCGAUGGAUUCAGACUAUGAUAUUUUUGAUAAUCAGGAUGAAACUGAUUCUGAAGAAGGUGCUCGAAGCGAGUCUAUAGAUACAGGAAAUAAAGUUUCAGAAAGUGAACCUGGCAGUCUUCAGAGCGUCAUCGAUCUAGAAUAGUCUUAUCUUAAAUGUUCCCCUGUUUUUUUUUCACCAUACCCGUUGUACUCUUUUGUUUCGAUAAUUGUUCUGCAUUUAAUGAACCUGUUUCUCAAAAAAAA